AUGUCGAAAGUCCCGAAGUUCGUGACUCCCUGUUCCUGCAGCAGCUGCAGAACUGCUUUGCUGAAUCGGCAAAAAGGAGCUUCUCUUUUUCCUUUCAUGAAAAGCAUUACAGGUUGCUGCUUGACAAGUGCUGCGAGGCGUUUGUGGAGCUCUUUUUCGGUCUCCACCUUGAUUCCCAGCUGCUGCUGCAGCGCUGCUGCUGCUGCUGCUGCGUCAGCAGCAGCAGCAAGCGCUCGCACACACCCCACCAAACGCGGCACGUCCAGACCCACCAGCUGCCCCAGCUGCUCGGUGCCCUGCGCAUGCAGCCCAGACAGCAGCAGCAGCAGCAGCAGCGCUGCAGCAGCAGCAGCAGCGCGGCAGCAGCAGCGGCAGAGCGGCUCCAUCAGUAGCAGCGCUGCAGCAGCAGGCAGCUCCAGGCUGCUCCAGCUGCUGCAGGGAAGCAGCGCAGCAAAUCGCCGCCACAAAGACAGCUAG